AUAUAUAUAUAUAAAAUUGAUAGUCUCAUUGUUAGGAUCACACAACAACCUCCCAACCCUAUUAAAUACUCAAUUAUGUACACCACUAAAGCUUAAUCUCUUUUCUAAUUCACUAUAUGCACUCACUCCUAUAUAUAUAUAUAUAUAUAUAUAAACCCACAGAUUAAAUAUCUUUCACUUAGUUACAAAGUUCAUUCCAGUUGAAGAUCCUCUUUUCUAUAUUUCUCCUCAUGGCUCAUCCCAUACACCAAGCUAACAAGAGUAGCCCCUUUGGAGAACUCACAAGAGACGAGUUCUAUGCGAAGCACAAAGUGAUCCACCAAGAGUCCUUCAUGCUCAACAAGAGGAACAUGAAGAUCUUCACCCAAACUUGGCGCCCGGCGCCGCACUCCGCCGACCUAUCUGGCCUUGUCGCCAUGAUCCACGGGUAUGCCUCGGAGAGCAGCUGGAUUUUCGAGCUCACCGCGGUGGCCAUCGCAAAGCUAGGGUUCCUUGUCUGCGCGCUCGACCUCCCCGGCCACGGUCGCUCCGAGGGACGGCGGGGCCACGUCCCCACGGUGACGCCGGUCGUCGACGACUGCAUUCAAUACUUCAGCUCUGUCAAAUCGGCCCACGGACCGCUACCGUCCUUCCUCUACGGGGAAUCGCUUGGUGGGGCCUUGGCCGUCCUAGUCUACCUCAAGCAAAAGGGCGGGUGGGACGGUCUCGUCCUGAACGGCGCGAUGUGCGGCGUUUCCUCCAAGUUCAAACCGAUUUGGCCGCUCGAGAAGUUCCUCCCCGCCGCGGCCUUCAUCGCGCCGAAUUGGCGAGUAGUGGUGACCCAGUCCCUAAGGCAAAAGUCGUACAAGGAGGAGUGGAAGAGGGAGCUGGUGCGGCGGAACCCGCGGGCGCAAAAUUCGGAGCACCCGCCGGCGUCGACGGCGUUGGAGCUCACCAGGGUUUGUGAGGUGAUAGGGAGGAGGUGCAGGGAGGUGGACGUGCCCAUGCUGGUGCUGCAUGGGGAGGAUGACUCGGUGUGCGACUCGGACUCGGCCGAGUUGGUCUACGAGUUGGCUCGGAGCAAGGACAAGACCCUUAAGAUUGUGCCCGGGAUGUGGCACCAGUUGAUUGGCGAGCCUAAGGACAUAGUCGAGUUUGGGUUUGGGUUCAUUUUUACUUGGCUUAAGGAGAGGGCCAAUUCUCACUCCAGAAACGCUUAUGUAGCCAAUGGCCAUGUGUGACAGAGUACUACACGCUACAUAUUAUAUAUAUUCUCGCGCGAUAAUAAUUUGUACCCCAAUUAAUCUCAAUGCGACAUGUCAAAUAUUGAUAAAGAUUAAUUGAGAAUAUAUAAUAGUCUGAUUUUUUUUUCCAGUUAUUUUGAAAUAAUGUUUUAACUUUAUAUAUA